UCAUCUAGAAGAGAGGAGAGAAAGGGAGGCGAACGCGCAAAUACAUGCAUACAAUGAUAGCAGAAAUUGGUGCCAAGGCCAGCUCCAGCUAUCCCCAUCCCCAAGCAGCUGUGAUCUGCCCUGACUCACCCGUUUCAUCGGCCCCGGACCACGGCGUCGGACAGCUGUUCAUCCGUAGCGCCUCGUCCAGGAGGGACACACAGACGUCCGCGGGAAGUAUCAACCCAGACGAGAGCUCCAUCAAGCCGCUGGUAUCCGGAGUAUCCUCCGCUGCUACAGCCGCCUAUAUCAUGACCUCGGGGGAAUUCAUGCAGACCGCUCCCCUGUUCGGCCAGAGGUCCAAGAGGAACGUUCUCUACAAGAUCCUGUGUUUCCUCAUUCUGAUAUUCCAAGGAGGCAUUCUAGAUUUCUACCUCAUCAUCUUCACGGAUCUGUACUGGUGCUCGUGGAUCGCCACGGACCUGGUGGUGAUCUCCGGCUGGGGGAUCUUCUUCGUGAAGAACGCCAGGAGCAAGAGAGAGCGGGCGUGUGGAUUCCACCAGAAGAGCUCUAUAUUCGGCUGUAACCUCGGGGAGUUUACCUACGCCUACCUGGCCUGGCUUAUCUACGUGAUCGCAUGCACCCCUAAAAUGGUCCUCGUUCUGGAGACUUCGAUAUUAGAUCUCAUCGCGCUCAAAGUUCCGUUCGGUGUAACUGGAUUUAAGAUCAUCAUGUUGCUCUCGGCCCCAUUGCUCUACUGCCUCAUCAAUUCUAUCACAGAGGACCAGAACGGAGCCACGCGCCACCGGUCCCAGAGCUGCUUCACGACCACCUGUCUGGACCUCGUGGACUGCUUCACCCUGGUGGAGAUGCUUCUGAGGAACGAGAUACCGACGGUCUAUUUAAAAUACACGGUCAUCUCGGUGUAUUUCAUCGCCCUGGGCGUCCCGGUGGUGUGGUUAUAUGAGCUGACGGCCUCCGAGAUGCGGUGUCGCUGGGUCUGGGCUAGGUUCCUGACCGGGGUGUUGGUCAACGCUCCACUUCUGGUGGUCCGGUGCUUCCAGGUGUAUGUUCACAAGAUGCCCGUGUCGGUGUUCAUGUUUAAGAAUAUGUUCUUCCUGGCCUGUAAGAGUCUGGACCUGAUGGAGCAGUGCUUCACAGUGCGGGGAGUCAAGAGGUUCGGCGAGGGAAGCAACCCGGCGCAGUUCUCUCACUGUGUCUCGGAGAACGAUAUGUGUCCCCACGGAUAUGUCAACACCCUGGCCGUUACCACGCAGUCCUAGGCCGGCUUGGAUCUCACCCUGGCCGUCACUACCUAGACCUAAAACGGCCUGGAUUUUUGAUUUUAUCCCCCCGGAGGAUGGAAGGCACAUGAGUGAUGAUGGAGGAAGAAUUUUGAGGGACAGGACAGGGGAUACGUCCCAAACGGCACAGUAUGCCCUAUAUAGUGCAUUACUUUUGACUAGGGCUCAUGGGGCUUUGGUCAAAAUUAGUGCAAUAUAUAGGGAAUAGGGUGCCAAUGGGGAUGCACCUGGGUGGGGACGCACGCCAGGUGUCAAUCAACAACAGCUUUAUUGACGAUUUCUCAUUUAUUCAGAUGAACAUCGAUCACAACAGGUGCUACAGAAUCAUUAUGCAUCAACUACAGCUGUGAUAGACCUGGCCUCUGGGUAUUCUUGUGAAGUAGUGGUGGUGGUGGUUGAUUUAGUGGGGUUCGUGAAUUGAAAUCAUUGACUUGCACUUGAAUUGUGGGGUACUUUAGAAAAGUGAGAAUCGUUUUCUUUGUUUUUAUUUGAUGGAUUAGUUGGCAAAGUGCAAGAAAGAUUGUGGUUUGAAAUGGAAUCUUGGACAUGGUCUCAAUGUCGAUGUAAAUUCAUGUUUUAAUAUUGGUAAGUCUCGUCUCCCAAUCUGUGAAACUUCCAAAUACCAUUUCCUAAUCAAUUAAUAGAUGGAAACCUUGUGGUAAUUUAGAUGCGUAAUUAGUGCGUAAUUGCGGUAUACGUAAUGAUUCCAAUGUUUAAUCAUGUCCUCUCAGUUCCUAAACCCUUUUGGGGGGAUAUGUAAUGUUUUAUCAAUAUAAAUCAAUUGAUAUUUCUUAAGAA